AUGAAUGGAAACAGGAUUCAGUGGCACAACGAGACUAUGGUUUUUAUUGCUGCACUAACAGUGAAAAGAUACAAUGAAAUUAAAGGCAGAAAGCUAAUCUGUAAGCUAGUGUUCAGUUCCAAGGACGUGGUUUCUAGGGUUUAUGAUAUCUUUCCUUGUUGCCUGUUGUUUAGAUCCUUUCAUUUGCUGACUGAAUGUCGUGUUGUACUUUAUUGUAUCUGCUUGUCCAAAUCUGAUUGGCUUUUUCGUGGAUUUAACUUGAUGUUGAUGCCUUAUACCCUUCCAUUUGGAAUAUUAUAUGUAUUUAUACAUUAUUUCAUCUAUCAAUUGGACAGAGAGCAAUUACAGUCUAGAGGAACAUCUAGGUCUGAGGAGCCAAGGAUAAGAGAUGACCGAGACAGGGACAGGGAGAAAUCCCGUGAAAGGGGAAGGGACAGGGAGAAAUCCCGUGAAAGGUCUCGUGAGCUCUCUCAUGACAAACCAAGGGAUCGUGAUCAUAGAGAUGAUCGGCAUCACAGAGACCGCGAUAGAAUCAGAGACAGAGAUAGAGACAGGGAGAGAGAUCAUGGUCGCGAUCGGGACCGUGAUCGAGAACGAACACGAGACCGAGAGCGUGGUCGAGACCGAGGUCGUGAUCGUGAUCGGGACCGCGAUCGUCAUCGUGAGAAGGAGAGGGACAGGGAAAGGGAUUAUGAAGAUGGUGAUGACCACGAUCGAGGGCGUUCCCGUGAUAGAGAUUAUGAUUACGAUCAUACUGAUUCAAAACAUGAGCGAGACCAUGAUGAGAGAGAGAGAAACUAUGACCGCAUAGAAACUGAAGAUAACCGUGGGUGGCUCGAGCAGACCGAUUACGGAUAUGGACAUCCAAAACUAGAAGCUGGUUAUGACCAUGGGCACUAUGACCACUAUGAACACCAAGGUCGAGGACACUAUGACAAUCCAGAAGGCCUGGGGGUUUAUGACCGCUAUAAAGAAGAUCCAAUGGAUGAGGAAGGUUAUCAUUAUGACCGAGAUACAUCUGAGCCACAAGAAAGGGACCGUGAUUACAGGCGUUGAGAUGGUACUUUCUCGUGGAGUAAGAAUGCUAAGUGUUGUUACAAGCUCUGAACUUCCUAUGCUUCAUGGCAAUAUCAUUUAUUUUUGCUUUUCUUUCUCAGUGCUAUUGUAUUCUCACAUUUGAGUUUCCUUGCAGUCAUGUUUUCCUUGAUGACGUACUUUGUGG